AAAAAGUUGGCACCACAGUGGGGGAAAUUGUUCGAAUGUUCAUGAACACUUACAAUCGAUAGCCAGUCAUUUGACCGCAAGUAGAAAGUCUCUUGGGAUGGAGCGACCUGAAUUCAGAAUAAAUACAACCAACCACAACCACCGCACCAAACACAGUGGGUUGAAGAAAGGUCAUUGGUGCGAGUUUGUUACCUGAUUGAUGGACCCUUUUCCAAUUGUCAGAAAAGAUACGAAACACUGCUCAGAAGUGAGUAUUUAACUCGGAACCACCCCAAGGGAUCGGAUUCAGACAUCCUCCAGCGAACGUCACGUCAGCAUGAAUUGCUUUUUGAACCACUUCCUGUGCUGCCUGUCACUCCGUAAAGGAGCAGUGUUCAUCGGCGUGCUCUUCGUCAUUUGGGACCUGAUUGUGAUCAUCCACAACCAUUACUUGAUCUCGGAAAAGGACUAUGGCACCCUGCCCAGACACGAGUCCUUCAAGACCAGUACUGUGGAUCGUCUGGUGGUGUCCUUCUCCAUCUUACUGGGCGUGGAUAUCGUCCUGAUGAUCUUGGUCAUCAUCGGGUCAAUUCGUCGGAGGAAGUUUCUCCUCCUGCCUUGGUUGAUUUACAGCUUGCUGUUGGCCAUUGCCAUCGUCGUUUGGAUGGGAUUGAUGGUGUGGAAGUAUGAGGUGUUCGUGGAGGAGGUCUACUGGAUUCUCCUCGGGAGUUGGCUGGGGAUGUGGGGAUAUUGGUGGUGGAUGGUGGUCUCGAUAAUCAGGCAGAUUCAUGAGGAAGACAAGAUCUUCAUGAUGGAGCCGGACACUUAAAGUCAGUCGUGCGUUCAAUGUUCAACUCUUGAAUCGAUUCACAUUCAUCAAAACUAUCUAUGUAUGUAUUGUCCGCUAGGGU